UUCCUAUGAUUGUCUGGCAGCUCUCGCGCCGGACUGAUUUCUCUUAAGUUGCGUUCUUGAGCCUUACUGCGUCGGGGAGGAUUGCGCGUCGAGACAGCGACGGACACCUAGUCGCACUUGUUGCUGAUAUCAAGAUUUCUUUUGUUUCCCCUUUCUUGGUUACUUUCAAAAUGACAGAAGAAAAGAAUCUUCGACAAUUAAAGCUGGUGACUGACCAGCUUCUAUGGGAUUUGAUGUCACCUUUAGAUUGGUUUAACUGAAGAUGGAAACACUGGAGUCCGAGCUGACAUGUCCAAUCUGCCUGGAAUUGUUUGAGGAUCCCCUUCUGCUGCCCUGCGCCCACAGCCUGUGCUUCAACUGUGCUCACCGCAUCCUGGUCUCGCACUGCUCCAGCACCAAGCCCCUUGAGUCCAUCUCUGCCUUCCAGUGCCCUACUUGCCGCUACGUCAUCACGCUGAAUCAGCGCGGCCUUGAGGGCUUGAAGCGCAAUGUGACUCUGCAGAACAUCAUUGACCGCUUCCAGAAGGCCUCCGUCAGCGGGCCCAAUUCGCCCAACGAGAGUCGCCGGCCACGGCCCUACAGUGCCACGCUCAGCGGGAGUGCGCGGGAAAGCCCCGCCAGUAGCGCCAUGUCGCUAGAGCGUGUCGGCUGCCAGUUCUGCGAUCAGGAGCCACCACGGGAGGCAGUUAAGACCUGCGUGACGUGUGAGGUGUCAUACUGUGACCGCUGCCUGCGGGCAACGCAUCCCAAUAAGAAGCCCUUCACCACCCAUCGUCUGGUGGAGCCAGUGGCCGACGCUCACCUACGUGGACUGGCCUGCCUGGAACAUGAGAAUGAGAAGGUGAACAUGUACUGCGUAGUAGACGACCAGCUAAUCUGUGCUCUCUGCAAGCUGGUGGGACGGCACCGUGAGCAUCAGGUCACUUCGCUAAGUGAGCGCUUUGACAAGCUAAAGGCUUUUCAAGUGAGCCCUGCCAGAGUGUCUGAAGCGGUUAUGGAGGCAUCAAAGACAAGCGCUGCGCAAACCCUGGAGAAUAACUUAACCAAUCUGGUGAAGAGAAACAGUGAGCUGGAGAACCAGAUGGCCAAACUCAUCCAGAUUUGCCAACAGGUGGAGGUGAACACAUCCAUGCAUGAAGCCAAGCUGGUGGAGGAGUGUGAUGAAUUGGUGGAGAUAAUUCGCCAGAGGAAACAGGUCAUUGCUGUCAAGAUCAAAGAGUCCAAGGUGAUGAAGUUGAGAAAGUUGGCGCAGCAGAUUGCAAACUGCAGACAGUGUCUGGAGCGCUCGAGUGCCCUCAUCACCCAAGCUGAGCACAGCUUGAAGGAGAACGACCACGCCCGCUUUCUGCUGACAGCCAGGAAUGUGGCUGAGAGAGUUGCCAUGGCCACUGCGUCCUCUCAGGUCCUCAUACCAGAUGUCAAUCUGAACGACGCCUUUGACAAUUUUGCCCUCGAUUUCUCCAGAGAAAAGAAAAUCUUGGAAGGACUGGAUUACUUGACAGCACCCAACCCUCCCUCUAUACGUGAAGAGCUUUGCACCGCAUCUCAUGACACAAUCACAGUGCACUGGACCUCUGAAGAUGAAUUUAGCGUCACCUCCUACGAGCUUCAGUACACCAUCUACACUGGCCAGACCAACUUCAUCAGUCUGUAUAACUCUGUAGAUAGCUGGAUGAUUGUGCCCAACAUCAAGCAGAAUCACUACACAGUGCAUGGCCUGCAGAGCGGCACACGUUACAUCUUUUUCGUCAAGGCCAUCAACCAGGCAGGCAGCCGAAACAGUGAACCUGCUCGCCUCAAAACCAACAGCCAGCCUUUCAAACUGGACCCCAAAACAGCCCAUAAGAAGCUGCGUCUGUCUAAUGACUGUCUGACCAUGGAAAAAGAUGAAAGCUCUCUGAAGAAGAGCCACACUCCAGAGCGCUUCAGCGGAACUGGAUCCUAUGGUGCCGCUGGUAACGUCUUCAUUGACAGUGGCUGCCAUUAUUGGGAAAUUUUACUUGGAGCCUCCACUUGGUAUGCUAUUGGUGUUUCCUACAAGUCAGCACCCAAAAACGAAUGGAGUGGUAAAAACUCAUCGUCUUGGGUUUUCUUGCGCUGCAACAACAACUUCCUGGUGCGGCACAAUAAUAAGGAGUCGCUAGUGGAAGCAUCACUUCAGUUGCGCAGGGUGGGGGUGCUGCUGGACUAUGACAAUAACGCCCUCUCCUUCUACGAUGCCAUGAACUCCCAGCACAUAUACACUUUUGACGUUUCCUUCUUGUUGCCGGUGGCUCCCACCUUUAUGAUCUGGAAUAAGUCAUUGAUGAUCAUGUCAGGGCUGCCUGUGCCAGACUUUGUGGAAUGCACAGAGCAGCAAGAAGGCAUUUGUCGCCAACAGGAAUCACCCUAUGUGUCCGGAAUGAAGAGCUGCCACUGAGACAUUGGGCAUCGAUUAUUCCAGGGCUUGCCCGAUUCCUCAUCCUUCAACUGCCUCCAAUUUGCCUGGUUUUCAAAGGGGUGAAGUGGCAAAUCCAGUUUGGAUUAAGGAUGUGUAGUAGUUCCUGAUAGUUUUGUCACAUAAAUAAGCGUUAUGUGAUGGCAACACCUGUUUUAUGAAUUCUUAAACUAAAACAGUUGAAAUUGUAAUUUAUUUAUGACUAAUACGUUGGUUUGCUUUUUCUUUUUUUUUUUUUGUCAGUGUCAAUGUUUCCCUAAAAGCACUUUUUAGAGUUGAAAUUUAAUGCCCCUGUGUGUAAAACAACUUGUUAAUUUUCAGACAGAGUUGGACUUCCUUUUGGAUCGAAUAUAGUGCAGUAUAUUAGAUAAAAAAGGAUGCAAAUUUGGUGUUUCUACUGAGGGUUACAUUUAUUAUCUGAUGGGUCUAUAACUCACGCUCUUUUCAUAUUCAGGGAGAAUAAGAUGAUUCUUUAGAUGAGAUAAUGGCAUGAUAUGUAUUUCCUCUGUGAUUUGUUCUCUCUAUCUUUGUUUCUGAUUUUGUUUUGUUUUUGUGAGAAGCAUGAGGCACAAGUUCCCCAGGUGUUUUUUAACAUGUAUCUUUAAUAAUUGGUAUAUGAUACCAAUAUAUGAUUACUAAUGUACCACACAAUUCCAUGCGUGGAUGUGUUCUUUCAUUAACAUCUUUUUAAACAAAGCAAGAACCUAAUUUGUAGUCAACGGUUAAUAUAAUGCACAUACUGUAUAUGUCAUAGAUCCAUUCGAUCAAAAAUAUUUGAACGAAAGAUCAACAAUCGGCAACAAAAAAGUUUUCCGCACCUAUUUCCUAUUACAAAUGAACUUCCUCAAAAAAUUAUACUGCAUUAAACAGUAUCCUCUGCUAUCUAGUGCAUUUCAUUUCUUACAGCCAUAGGAAAAUAAUAUUUAUGGCUGUUAUGAAUCUUACAUGAUCUUCCUAGGUGUGAUUUUCAGGGCUAUAAGUAGGACACCCAGAGCUGGGUUGAGAUAACGACAAUCACUUGUACUUGUGCAGGCAAAAACUCAAGUGUGUAUCAAGAUAAUUCUUGAAAAAAUUGUUUGAGUUCAUUCAAAAGCCAGUUCAUUGCAAAUGUACAGUAGAGGUUGGGAAAUAUACAUACUACUGAUGCCACUGUCCUGCAAGGGUUUUUGCUUUAUGUCGGUGUGGUUUCCCUCUUUUCUCUGCUGAAUAUAAGUGACUGAUCUGCUUUGGUUGCUUUACAUUUUUCUGAUUGAAAGCAAAGAACAAUUUACCAUCAGAUCCACUUUGCCUGCAUCUCCAUAUUUCUUUAAAAAUUGCUUUGUUUCCAACAUGCUUUUGAUCAGGUGGAGAGUUUAGGCUAUGUUCAUAGAGAUAACACUAAAGGUUGUACAACCAGCCAUUUAGCCUUCCAAUGGUUUGUCCACAUAUGUAUAAAACAAAAUAAUUAAUGAAUUAAAAUCAGCCUCAACUACAGAUAUGUAAAAUCAGUAAAGUUGAUGUUCCACAUUUUAACUUCACUCCUAUAGACUCAGUGAAAGCAAACUCAAGAUGUUUUAUGUGUAACUGAGUAAUACAUUUAAAGGCUUAAUAGAGUAAUAAUGAGCCCUCAAAAACACACUUCCAUGGUCUAUGAAGAGUAAGGGGUCGUUCUUGCGUUAAAAAAAGCUUGAUGCAGUGCAAUAAAUGGAAUAGAAUUCUCAAUAUGUAAAUGCAGCUUUCCUCUGCAAGACGUGGCCUAAUGGUUAAAGACGCCCAUCUAAUGCAUAUUUAAAUAGAAAAACUGUUCAAGAAUGGUGCAAACCGAUGCAAAAACACAUUUGGUGCAAACAGCCCCUGGCUGAGGCCUCAUUUAGCAUUGAGUGUCCUACCAUUUGAAAUGAUUUGUGGUGAAAAGCUACAGUGGGAUGGUAAAUUACAUGGGGUCGAAAGCUUAGAACCAUUUUGUUUUGGUCGUUUCAUAGUCUCGGGCAGUAAAUCAGUAGAUAAAAAUACUUCCCGAUUCUCAUUUCAUUUUUUUUUUACUUAAUUUUUAGUGAGUUCUUCAGGAUUGUAGCAGGAAUCAGUGUGUGGUCCAGUCACGUUGAACAAUUUUAAAUGUACUUCUUCUGUGGGAACACCCUCUGAUUCUCAUUACUAAUCUGUAUCUCUCAGUCAGUCACUCGCUAGUUCUGUUUUCGCAGUCAGUCUAUUGGCUAGCUGCUACAGUGGUCGCUGUCAUGUAUCUUGGCCUGGAUGGGUCUUGGUCUUUGACCAAAGAGGUUUUAAGAACAACCCUGCGUGAAUGAUGGAUAAUCUUCAACAUUACCAUUUAUCAUUGAUUUGUCUGAGCAAAUCUUACGGAACCGUUUGAGAUUUGCUUUUUUUCAGGUCACUAACCAUGUAAAAAAUGUAAGUCUUUCUGAAGUCGGUGAAGGUGAGGAGUGCAAAAGCAAAUCUCGUGAGUCUCUUGCAGGGGCUGUUGAUCUCUGAUCUAGAUCGACAUGUUCAAUUCAUUUGUUCGGGUCUCUGCAUGACAAUCUGGCCCAGAUCGAAGCACUUCCUGUGAUAUUCUCUGCUGUUUUAUAUAAACAUUUUUAUGGAAAAUAUCCAGGAAUAUUGUUAUAUCAGGUUUCCAGUUAGCCAUGCUUUUCUUUGCAUUUAAGACUAUUGACUGAUUAACUAAUUACAUUUCUGUUUUGAAGCAAUUGUUUUUACAUUUCUGAAGAAUAUGAGUGACAUGAUAAUGAAUCCUCUGCUUUGAUAUUUCAAUCUUUAUUAUGUGCUCAAGCAGCUGUUCAUCAACGUAACGCUUCUGUUUCAAUAGAUAUAACUUGGCAAGAAAAGAAUGUAAAUCAUAGGAGGAAAUAUAUAUUAUAUAAAAUUGUAUAAUAUACACACACACACACACACAUACACACAUAUAUAUAUAUAUAUAUAUAUAUAUAUAUAUAUAUAUAAAUAUAUAUAUAUAUAUAAAUAUGAACUAUUGUUAUUUAUGUGAGUCCAAAUAAAGGUAUGAUCCCAAAUGUGUGUUUUGUUGCAUCGUGGUCCCAUUUUGUGUCCUGGAAUGUUGUCUUGUAGGAGGAGGGUAUCAAUGCCAAAUAUGCUUGUUAUGAACAUUAGUGCAUAGAAGGAACCCUACUGCAACUGGUGCACAUUCAAGUAAUAGGGCAUUGCUCAUGUUCUUCAGCUGUUAUAUCUGGCACAAGGAUGGGUCUGGAACUUGCAACAAAUAUCACUGUAACGUAACAUGCUUUUUGAGUUCACAUAAUACAGCCUACAUAAUAUAGUGUCUCUAAAAUGCCACAUUUAAAAUGUAUGAAUGUCAUUGCAUUAGAUAAAAAAAUAUAAAACCAAUGAAAACUUUGACUUUGUUUUUUCCAGAUUAAGAUUACUACACAUCUGGUUACUCUACUGGGACACCGGUUUUAAAUUGAGGGUAACUGACUUCAUACAUCCACUAAAAUGACUAGUUGGAACCAGUUGGUUUUGAGUAAUUGAAAAAAUU